AUGUUGGUGGCCUCGGAGCAUCCCACUGUGGAGGAGAAUCUACCACUGGAAUCUUCGAGCCCGACCCUCAGUUCGUUGCAACAGAAGCCGGGACCGAAGACCCUUUCACUAUCCUCUCUCCUGCCAGGGACCUAUCCGUCUCGAAGUGAAACCCGAACCCCAUAUAACUUUGCUGACUCUUCUUCGGAUGAUGUAGCUUCACCAUCCUCUGCUGCCAAUGGCACUCCCGCGUCUGUCAAGGAAUCACCUGCACCUAGCAGCCCAGGAUCUCCUUACGUUGAGCGUAGCAACCCCAUGGGUGCCGGCAACGCUCAGACAGUCAGCUCCAAGGAUCCAAAAGCUGUGGCUCAAGCUGCCACGGACAUGAAGAACGUCGUUCGCCGCAAACUGACUGGCUACGUUGGUUUCGCCAAUUUGCCCAACCAAUGGCACCGCAAGAGUGUGCGCAAAGGAUUCAACUUCAACGUAAUGGUUGUUGGUGAAUCGGGUCUUGGAAAGUCCACUCUCGAGCGUACCGGCCCGAGUCACGACAUCAUCCCGAAGACAGUCUCUAUCCAGUCCAUCAGCGCAGAUAUCGAGGAAAAUGGCGUCCGUCUUCGCUUGACAGUGGUCGACACUCCCGGCUUUGGUGAUUUUGUCAACAACGAUGACUCGUGGCGCCCUAUCGUCGAAAACAUCGAGCAGAGAUACGAUGCCUACUUGGAGGCGGAGAACAAGGUUAACCGCACAAACAUUGUCGAUAACCGUAUUCACGCCUGUGUCUAUUUCAUCCAGCCCACCGGUCACUCGCUGAAGCCCCUCGACAUUGAGGUCAUGCGUAGACUGCACACCAAGGUCAACCUCAUUCCUGUCAUUGCCAAGGCCGACACAUUGACCGACGAGGAGAUUUCCCUCUUCAAGCAGAGAAUUCUUGCAGAUAUCCAGCACCAUUCGAUUCAGAUCUUCGAGGGACCCCGCUACGAGCUUGACGACGAGGAGACCAUUGCCGAGAACCAAGAGAUUAUGUCCAAAGUUCCUUUCGCCGUUGUUGGUGCCAACACCGAGGUCACCACAGCAGAUGGCCGUAAAGUGCGCGGCCGUAGCUAUCCUUGGGGUGUCAUUGAGGUCGACAACGAGGAACACUGCGACUUUGUCAAACUGCGCCAGAUGCUGAUCCGCACUCACAUGGAAGAGCUCAAGGAGCACACCAACAACUGGCUCUACGAGAACUACCGGUCCGACAAGCUUACCCAAAUGGGUGUCGCCCAGGACCCAAGCGUGUUCAAGGAGGUCAACCCAGCAGUCAAGCAGGAGGAGGAGCGUGCUUUGCACGAGCAGAAACUCGCCAAGAUGGAGGCAGAGAUGAAGAUGGUCUUCCAGCAGAAGGUUGCAGAGAAGGAAAGCAAGCUGAAACAGAGCGAGGACGAAUUAUACGCGCGACAUCGCGAGAUGAAGGACCAACUGGAACGCCAACGCCAGGAGCUGGAAGAGAAGAAGGCCCGGCUCGAGAGUGGAAGGCCAAUCGAAGAGAAGGGAAAGAGGAAGGGCUUUUCUCUCCGUUAAGGUUUUGCUAUCCAGUGACUGGAACUCUGAUGCUUCUCUUCAAGAAGCGCUACCUUGGAACACCAAAGGUAUGCAACGCCGUCGGAGACCUUCCGGUGUCUCGACGUUUGAUCCUGCACGACUGUUGAUUGACCGAGCGCUCAUUUCGACUUCCCUCCAUUCUCGUGUGUUUAUUUGUUUCACUACACUCCUUGAAACUCUUCUU